UAUUCCAUCAAUGUUCCAACAAUAUGUUUCUAUUUAUAUUAUGGAUUUUCUCCAUGCUUUCAAUUAGUGCCAAUUCUCAUCAAAAUUGGCAUAACAAGAAGCAUCACACAUUAGGAAAUUGGAUAAACCAUGGUGGUGAUUUGUACAAUCAAAGAUAUGCUUAUGGAGAAAAGAAAAUUAGCCCUAUGAGUGCUUCAAAGUUGAGGUUAAAAUGGGAAUUUAAAGCUGGAAAAGAUAUAACGGCGACUCCAGCAAUAUUUAAUGGAAUAUUAUAUUUUCCUAGUUGGAAUGGCAAUAUAUACGCAGUUAGAGGUGAAGAUGGAGUUGUCGUUUGGAAAAAAAGUUUGAAAGAGUUGACUGGAAUUAAUGGGAGUUUUAAUUCAUCUUCAUUGCCUAAUGUGACAAGUAUAGUGGCUAGAGCAACACCAAGUGUUGUGUUUGAUAAGGAUUUGUUGAUUGUUGGUGUUUAUGGACCAAGUUUGGUACUUGGAUUGAAAAGAAGUAAUGGAAAUCUUGUUUGGAGUACAAAAUUGGAUCAUCAUCCUGCUAGUGUUGUUACUAUGUCUGGGACUUACUACAAGGGAGCUUUUUACGUCGGAACUUCAUCGCUAGAAGAAGGAGCUGAAAUCGAUAAAUGCUGUUACUUUCGCGGUAGCUUCCUCAAGUUAGAUGUCGAAACCGGAAAAAUUCUAUGGAAAACCUUCAUGUUGCCGGAGAACGGCGGAAAAAUCGGUGGUUAUUCCGGCGCUGCCGUAUGGGGAAGUAGCCCAUCCAUCGAUUCCCGGCGAAAUCAUGUCUAUAUCGCUACCGGAAACCUCUACUCCGUUCCCAAACGCAUUGAGGAUUGCCAAAAGGAGCAGAAUCAACAGAACCAUACAGAUCCGACCCAACCUGAUAAGUGCAUCGAGCCGGAGAACCAUUCCGACUCGAUUAUGGCAUUGGAUCUGGAUUCCGGUGAGAUCGAAUGGUAUAAACAGCUUGGAGGAUAUGAUGUGUGGUUUGUUGCGUGUGCGAAUUCGACGAACCCUAAUUGCCCGAUUGGCCCAAGCCCGGAUUAUGAUUUUGGGGAAGCUCCGAUGAUGCUUAGCGUGGUUGUUAAUGGAAGGAAGAAGGAAGACAUUGUAGCAGCUGUGCAGAAGAGUGGAAUUGCUUGGGCAUUGAAGCGUGACAAUGGCAAACUCUUCUGGACUACGGAGGCUGGUCCUGGAGGUGUAGGAGGAGGUGGUAUAUGGGGAGCAGCCACAGACACAAAGAUAGUAUACACUGGCAUUGCCAAUAGCGGUAACUUAAACUACACAUUGUAUCCAUCGACAAACAUUACAACAGGUGGAGCCUGGGUGGCAAUGGAUGCUCAAACCGGCGAAAUCCUAUGGACAACUGCAGUUCCAAACAAUGGUAGAUCAAACCCUGUAACUGUUGCCAAUGGAGUUCUGUUAGCUGGUUCACAAAAUCCAAGAGGCCCCAUCUACGCCAUUAGCGCGAAAACUGGGAAGAUAUUAUGGUCAAACGAGACUGGUGCAACUGUGUUUGGGGGUAUGUCAGUUAGCAAUGGCUGCUUUUAUGUUGGCCAUGGUUAUAGAUCUGGUAUUGGAGUCUUUAAUCCCAACAACACUGGUGGAACUUCACUCUUUGCCUACUGUGUAUAUUGAAAUGCCAAAUGAUGUCCCACUUAUAACUUUGGCAAAUAAUAUGAUGAAGAUGGUAAAUAAAGUACAUGUUUGUGUUGCUAA